AUGUCGAAUGAUCAUUCCAACAAGAGAAUCAAGUGCAUUCUGGAUGCGCAUUACAGAAUUCCGCCACCGAUACUCAUGAUCUUGAUGGGCAAUGUGCCUCAAGCAUCCAGCUCCAUUGAGGAUGUUACUGACGAGAGCACAGAGGAAUCGAAUAUCAUCAAAGCACCUAAAGAAGACGGCUGGAACAAGGUGUUUAAAGACGAAGUAGAUGAGGAACCUGUGCCAUCAGCGACAGACAUCAUCACACGCUCGCCUUCACCCAAUAUACCCAUUAGCGAUAGUUUCUUGAUAUCAGCAUCUGCAGGAGGAAAGAGCCUGGUAUUGGCAUACAAGACAAAGUUUGUCAUGGUCCAACUCAACAAUGAGGGAGAAUAUUCAGCAUUAGGCCAAGGCUCAGGAUGUCAACCACAUGAGGAGAUCACUGCUGUAUUGUGUUUGCCUUUAUUUGUGCCAUCCACUCGACUCACUCAAAACUAUGUCAUGUGUGGUUACAAUACCGGAUGGAUUCGAGUAUUUUCAGAUGCGGGCGUCCUCUUGACAGAACAGCAACUGGAAACAUCCCCUGUAUUGACCAUGAAGAUCAGAACGCCACCACCUAUCUUUAAGGUGUCCACUCAACAAUUUGUCACAGAGGAUGAAGACAUUUCUAUUCUGUUUGCAGGAAAUCGAGUUGUGAGUAUCGACGGUCAGAGUUUAUGGAUGGUAUUGCGAGUGUGUGAUGGCCAAAGAGAAAGUGGCAUCGAUGCUUCGCGCAUGCACACGGCUUUUACAUAUAAAAAAUGGGAUCUCCAGCAUCAAGAUCAAGUGCUCGAUAUUGUCAGUUUGGGCCCCUCACCAUCUCACUCACAAUCACCGUACCUCGACCCAUCCACUACUAUAUCUACAACUACCAUAUUUCCAUCCAAAUCAGCAACUUCCAGAUACAUUGGUGUAGGUGCACAUCCCAUGUUUACUUAUUACGCAACAUCGGAAUCCAGCAGGCCACUCAUGUCAGCAGCGUCCAUGGCCAGUUAUGUAGUCUCUCGAGUAACAUCGCCCGUCUUUUCAUUUGCGAAAUCGUGGUGGGGAUCCAGCAACAGCGACAACGGUACCAGAGCAUCGCAUAGUGGAGGGCCUACACCCUAUGUGCCUGACAUGCGACGUCCACCGAGCCAUAUAGAGCCGGCCACACCGAUCCCUGCUAUAUUAUCACUGAACGACACUUACCGCAAAAUUAACGCCAUCAGUAUUUGCCCGCCAUCCACCAGCGCACAGAGACAAACAUUGGCUGCUACUUCAGAUGCUCUAGGACGGGUGAUACUAUGGGAUGUCAUUGAAGGUGAAAUGAUCCGCAUGUGGAAAGGCGUGCGUGAUGCCGUGUGUGGUUGGGUAGAGGUAUUUGAACGAGAUUUGUGCGGAGGAGAAUCCACCAAAAUACUGCAAUUUCUGGUCAUGUAUUCGUCGAAACGAGGAUUUCUCAAGGUGUUUCAAAUGAGACAUGGGAAGCAAGUGGGUGCCUAUCAUGUUGGAUCAGGAUGGCAACUGGUGCCUUGUGCAAGGGAACCUUUAGGAAGCAGUAUGGUGAAUGUCAGUAGAAGAAAGAGCUCGGUGGAUAAAAGCGAAUACAAUGGUCUGUCCAAUUGCUUGCUGGUGGGCCCAGAUGGAGAAGUGCGAAAGGUGAAUUUUAUCCUAAAAGAUGCCCAUCAUCACCAUUCGUCACAUAAACAAAGUGCUCCUGCCAUAUCGGUUCCUGCCGCGGUGCCAUUGGAGAGAUCUGUCGAGGUUGGCGAGGAGGAUGAGAAAGAGUUCCAAGAAGCUGUAGAUGAGGAACAGAAAGAAUUACAAGAGGAAAGAGAAGAGGAAGAGUGA